UUCAAGGUAAGAGACAUUGCAGGAGCUGGUCUCGAAGGUUGCUGCUUUCUGGGGAAGCGGCACCCACGCGAUUGGUGGAAAGAGAAGCGGAUCCCAGGGGAGAAGCGGUCCCGCCUUCUUCCUCCGGGCUGGAAGCCUCGUGCGAGGAGGACGCGGCAGGUGGCCUCCGGAUUGGCAAAACUAGAAAUGUCAAACGCAAAACAAAAAAGAAGGGGCAAAAAAAUGAAAAAUCAACCUGCUAGUGUGACCUAUCCUUUUGAUGCUGGGCCAAGUCACAAUGAAGCAUAUUUUUGGAAUGGAGGCGAAAGAACUCCUCAGCGGAAGAAACAAGAGUUGCAUUUUGAAACUUCACAACAAGGCUUCUAUCAAAAAGUUUCCCAUGAAAUGCCAAAAUGCAUAACGGUGUCUCCUUUUGUACAAGCUCGAGCUGCUGAAAUAAAAGCUAUGUUGAAGGCUGUUAAACAGAAGUCGUCCAAUACUUUGGUGUUUCAGUCCUUGCCUAGACAUAUGAGGAGGCGAGCUAUGAGUCAUAAUGUUAAACGUUUGCCACGACGUCUCCGUGAACUUGCCAGAAUAGAAGCAGAGAAACCUGAACAUCAGAAAAAAGCGCUUCCAAAGAGCAAGUGCCGUAAAGCCAGGCGCCGCCAUACAAACUUGGUGCUAGAGUUCAACCGCAGGCAGAAGAAGAACAUUUGGCUGGAAACACACAUCUGGCAUGCCAAGCGGUUUCACAUGGUGAAGAAAUGGGGAUACUGCUUAGGAGACAAGCCCACAAUGAAGAGUUAUAGAGCCUGUUACCGAGCCAUGACACAACAUUGCCUCCUUCAGGAUUUAUCAUACUACUGUUGUCUGGAGUUGAUUGGAAAAGAAGAGACACUUUUAACAGCCCUUGCUCAAAUGUGCAAUGUAGACACAGGGCCAACAUUUGCAGCUAUUUCUUGCCUAUCUGGAAAGCGUCAAGGUUCCCUUGUGUUAUACCAAAAGGAUCGGUAUCCUCAGGGUACGCUUGGUCCAGUUACUUUCCUUUGGAAACCCAGACAUGGGUCUGGUGAGACUUCUGAAAACAGGCAACUAUGGAUAUGGACACACCCAGCUUUUAAGCAGAGCAUCCUUGCUGAAUUAAAAUCAGUCUUCCAGUGUUCUGAGUCUGUGGAAACCUGUAACCCUGAACCGGUGGUUACUUUUUCACAAGAGGAAGAUAAAAUGAACAUUCCUGAACAUGUUGGCCAGAAACGAAAAAGGAAAAAUAAAGCAGGAGAAACAGUUGUCCCAGUGAAAAAGAUUAUUGGUGAUGGAACCAGAGAGCUAAACCAACCAUAUUGCUGGUCAUCACAAACUACUGGAGUUACCAUAAGUGACUUGACAAUGGAGAUUCUCCGAUAUCGUUUGAUAGGUCCCCUCUCACAUUGCGUCCUCACAGAGGCACUCAAAGUUGCAUUUGUUCAUACAGACCUGGAUCCUACAGAUCCUGAAAUCAACAGUUGGUGGGUAGAAAAUUGCAAAAAUCCUGACUGGGUAUCUCACCAUUAUCGUCAAGAGUCCAACUUUGAAACGAUGCAAGGUUUAGCUUCCUCAGACAUUCCAUCAGGUACUGUACUGGGUUUGACUGUUGGGGAUCCUCGAGUGAAUUUACCAAAAAAGAGAUUGAAAGCCAUGCCAAAUCCAGCAAAAUAUCAAGAAGAUAAAGUUAAACAACUGAUGUUAGAAGGUGUAUCUGAAGAAUGUGCUCAGAGCUUUCUUUGGGACGCUAAUGUCCGUAAGAGCGUCACAGACCAUAAAAUGUCAGAACAGGAUUUGAAUCAUCUGAGAAGUAAACUUUUGGUACCAGGAUCACAUCUUGAUUUGGGUCUGCGAGAAUCCAAGAUUCCUAUACUUCUGGUUCAACAGCCUGGAAAAUUGCUUGGAGAUGAUCGAUUGGGAUGGGGAAGUGGCUGGGAUAUUUACCUGCCCAAAGGUUGGGGCAUGGCCUUCUGGCUGCCUUUUAUAUAUCAAGGUGCAAGAGUCGGUGGCUUACAAGAAGGUUUGAAGCACUCCCUGUAUAAGGGGACACCCCAUGUUCCUCAUGAUUAUCCAGACUGUCCUGCUGGUAGCCAGUUUGCAAAAGAACUAGAGGAGAAUCUCCUUGAGAAGUUUAAAAGGCGGCCUCCUGCAAAAAGAGCCAAUUAUAUUAAACAUGGGACAUUGGCGCCAUUCCUCUGUCCAUGGGAUAAACUCACACAGGAUUGGGAGACCAGAUACAAAGUCCAUAUGGAGUCCACGCAGCUAUCAGCUUUGGACAGGGAAGACUGUGUGUCUGAAGAACACGUCCUUAGUGGUCACAGCUCUACAACAAGUGCGGUAGAUGCGCCAGCAAGCAAAGCAGACCAGCAAAUAGAAACAUGCUGUCAAAUUAUGCAGAUAGAAAAUGAGGAAAAAGUAAUAGAUCCAUGCAAAACAGAUGAAGCCAUUUCAAGUCAAGCCUUCUGUAUUCUCAGGACCAGAAAAUUAUUAAGGCAAAUAUCAUUUUGGUGUCAGCCUACAUCUGGCAAAAGGCGGUACCGACAGCAUCAUACUUCCAAGAUGAAUGAGAAAGAACUGGCUGAAGAUACCAUAAUGUGUACUAAUCAACAUUAUCCCAGGGCCCUAGUAUGGGUGAGCUUGUACCUUCUCAGAAAAGGAAAUCCCGAAUUGCACACAAUGAUUUGCAUUCCAGAAAAGGAUGACUUGCUUCAGCUCGACAAAGACCAGCGUUUUUGUGGCCCUCAGGAACCUAAGCACAAGGACCAAUUUAAAAACAAGCUCUCGAAACGAAAGGGAAGAAGAAAGCAAGCAAAUGAUGGGAAGGUAACAGAAAAGAGUGCCUUGAAACCCAUGAAUGCAAUAGCAGACAUACAGGGAGUUUUGGGGUUGUGGCCUCACCCUCUACCAGAUGUUGUAUCUCACUGCUCCAGAGUUCUCUUAGGCUUUGUCACUCAAGGGGACUUCUCAUUGGCCUCUGGCUGUGGCGAAGCUCUUGGCUUUGUAAGUCUGACAGGUUUGCUGCAAAUGUUGAUCGAUCAGCCGGCAGACAAGAAGGGGCUUGUACUGUUGAGAAAUCCAGAUUCAUUACAGUACAGAUUUGCUAGGCUUAGUGUUGAAGUUUAAUUUGCCUUGAACUUCAAUAUAACAUUUAAGGGUACUAAAGAAAAACGUGCAGUAAACACACACAGUUUCCCUUAUUUAAACUCAAGCCUUCCAAAAACGAAUGCCAUCUUUGUUUAUAUGUAACACGAAACAGGCUUUAAAAACCUGUGUUCAUGGUUGAUUCAAGUACCCAUUUCCAUUAUUCAGGGGGAUAUAAAUUUUCUGAAAAUGUAUACAUACAUUUAAAAGUUGCUUUAAAAGCAACUGGCAUUCGCUGCAUGUUUAAACAAGGAGUUCCUCCCCAUUGCCUGAAACUGCUAGCCUUGACACUUCAAAUAAUAUCCUUUUGAAUAUAUUGCUAGAGCUGGAAAUGGAUUAUGGACUCCACGUAGGAGCAUUCUACCUGAAAAUAGCACGAUGGUACAAUAUUACUUUCCAUGAAUCUGACACCACAUUGAAUGAAACCCAAAUUAAUAAAGCUAUAGACUGCUAACUGCAUGAAGGAUUGGGCUACCCAUUUUAGCCUUGGCUGUUCUGAGGAAAUUAUACUUAUGUAGUUAUUUUCUCCUCUGGAGAAAUCUUCACAAUGUUCAAGAGAAGGUAAUUUGCCUUCUCAUUCAAACUGUGCUGUUUUUCAUGAUUGGAAGGUGGAAUUGCAUUUACUUUGCCUCAAAAGCAUGCUGUUUUGAUGGUAAUGAGAAGUACCAUUCACCAGUCAGUAUAUUAGAAUGUUUUAAAGGCAAUAAACAUUCUUACAACAGAAGAUUUGUGUUUGUGUUUGUGCCUGUGUCUAAAUGCGGUAUAUUUGAAUUUUCACGUGAAGAUAAAUUGUGAAAUUUUUCUCUUCCCUCCCAGGAUGGCUGUGUUACUUGGUAUAGAAACAUUUGAAUUCCUUAUGUGAUUUCAAAUUGCUGAAUUCAGAUCUUAAAUAAUAUUUGAGUUUUUAUUUAAGAUGUAGUAGAAUUACUAAUAACAUGCAUGUAUGUCUGAAGAUUUGAAUCAAACCAUAAUGGAAAAUAUAUAGUAGUGGCACUGUCACGUUUUAACUGCCAAAAAGAAUGAAAUAAACCCUUCUAUGAUGUUGGGAAUUUAAGUCGUA